GAAGUCACGUGAUUGUGUUUAAACCUGAAAAUCCCCCCUCCUCUCUAAAUCGACUUCAGCUCUGCCCCCUUCGGCUUUGCCGCUACUACGCGCAGUGCUGAAGCUGCUGUCCUGGAAAGAGCAACCUAUCAAGAGCAGGAAGCGGCAGAUCAACAACGGAAGCGACAGCGUUUUGCGACAAAUUUACUCCCACUUUGAGUGGAAAGGUGUCGAGGAACAUGCGUUCAACGCACAGGUGAAAAAAAUCACCUGAUUUAACUUCUUCGCUACUCCAACUUUUCGGCCCUGCCUUGCGCAGAUUCCGGUUAGAUUUGCUUUUUGUUUGUUUGGUUCUGUUGAGAAUAGUUUUGUUUUUUUUAAAGAAACAAACAAACUAUAAAAUCUUGAGGCAUGUCUCGCAAGAAGGCAGUCAAAGGCAAAGCAGCGACCAGCAGCCCGUCCGCGGGCAGCCCCGCCGGGAAAGGGACCGGGAAAUCUGCGAGAGGAAGCCCGGGCAUCGUUCAGAUGAAUGGUGUAGUCCAUCCCAGCAGACCGUCCAUCAGCAACAGCAGCGAGUUUUAUGACAUCGCUUUCAAGGUGAUGCUGGUUGGAGACUCUGGUGUGGGGAAAACCUGUCUUCUGGUCCGAUUCAAAGACGGAGCUUUCCUGGCCGGCAGCUUCAUCUCCACUGUGGGCAUCGACUUUAGGAAUAAAGUCCUGAACAUUGAUGGAGUCAAGGUGAAGCUCCAGAUCUGGGACACAGCUGGACAGGAGCGGUUCCGCAGUGUCACUCAUGCCUACUACCGUGAUGCCCACGCUCUUCUCUUGCUGUAUGACGUCACCAACAAAUCAUCCUUUGACAACAUACAGGCAUGGCUGACUGAGAUCCACGAAUACGCCCAACAAGAUGUAGUGCUCAUGCUGCUUGGAAACAAGGCUGAUGCCACUCAUGACAGGGUGGUGAAGAGAGAAGAUGGUGAGAGACUUGCUAAGGAAUUCGGAGUUCCCUUCAUGGAGACCAGCGCCAGGUCAGGCCUCAAUGUAGAGCUGGCUUUCACUGCUGUGGCCAAGGAGCUGAAGCACAGGUCCAUGAAGGAUCCCAAUGAGAAGUUUAAGCUCCAUGAGUACGUGAACAAGGAAAUGAAGGGCACUGGCUGCUGCCGGUCUUAAAAGUCUGCCCCAGUCACUCUUUGGCUCUGUGUGUGUGUAUGUGUGCAGACUACUUAUUUCCAUACUGUACGUGUUCAUAUCUGGUGUGAUCAGAAAGGAGGAGUCAGCUCCAGCGAGGUAUAAACCCGUUCGACCUUCUGCUCGUCCAUUUUCAGACGUCAUUGUGUCGGUACACGCAAUCUCACUCUGUUGUCCCUCACUAGUCUCGUUGCCUUCCUGCAUCAUGUGUAUGUGCGUCUUGCUUUUCCCCACCCAUCUCCUUCUGUAGCUGUAAAUGUAGCCCAAGGUUAUAAUUGGGCGAAGGCGAAGAUGGCACACCUCAGUUAUUACCCUGUUUCAACUGCAGCUACACAAUUAUCUUCACCAUUGCCUGGUGUCCUUCUUUUAUUUUGAAGGGUCUUUUUGUUUUGUUUGUUGCAGAGAUAAAAUGCAUGUUUUUAAAGCAGUUUAAUUUCUGCAUAUAAUUAAUGUGUUAGAUGUAACUGUCAUUUUCUUCAGAUGUUACGGAUGAAUGUUCAAAUAGUAAAUGUGUAGUGAAGUGUCCUCUGUACAGUUUGUGGUCAAAUCAAUGAUUCAACAGGCUCCCUGGAGCCGGGUUAGCUCACCAGCAUAAAUUUAGUGUUUCAUCUGUGGAUCUGGGGUUGGGGGGGAUUUGUAUUAUUUUAACACAAAAAUCUAGUAAAAGCAAAUGGGUGUCGCUAUUUUGGAUACAAUGAGCAUUAACAGCAUUCAGAUAUGAAUCCAUAUUAAUAUGUUUAAACAAAUUUAGACAUUUGAGUUUUGAAGAGCUGUGAUGCGACCACUGUUCCUGAUCUGUAUUUUUUGUUAAAUUAUUAAAAACAGAUAUUGCAUACAGUGUGUUUGACUAUACAGGAAUAUAAAAAGGGGGCUUUUUUGGUCAUUUUGGUGUAAAUACUACAUUUUUUUUCUGCAUGUAAAAUAGUUUGGAUAGAAGAGAAGAGCACUUUAGAUGGGAAUAAGAGCAUGGGAGUGAAGUGAGAAAUAAAGAGCUACAGAGACCUGAAGUAUUGUACAUGAAACACAUGUAAUUUUUUUUAAUUUUAUUUCUCUGUUUGUUUCUUUUUUGUUUUUGUUUUUGUAAUCCAUGCAAAUCAUGACAGCGUAUUUAAAUGCUAAGUUUUGAGCCACCUCUCAUUUCUUUAUAUUUUGCAGGGAAAUAGCUGCAGUGAUUUAUCGAAACGUGCAAACAUACAUAGAAAUACUGUAUAUAAGUCAAACACAGAGAUCAUAGAAUUCUAACAAGCUUGAAAUCUCUUUAGAUAAUCAUUGGGAAUAGUUCUUCAGGCGUCUGGAAGGACAUUUGAAGCUCUUCUUUGGAUGUUGGAUGCCUUUUGUUCUGUUUUUUGUCAAGAUGAUCCCACACUGCUUCCGUAAAGUUGACCUCCAGUCUUGGCAGUGUGUUUGGGAUCAUUACCAUGCUACAAAUUGAAGCCAACACCCCUGGCUUAUAUGCAGCAUCAGACAAUGACAGAACCUCCACCAUGUUUUACACUUGGCUGUAGAUGCUCACUGUUGUAGAUAUCUCCUGACCUCCUUAAUACAUAUUAAUCAGUUUAACCAAAAAUUUCAAAUUUGCAUUCAUCACUUCAAACCUGAUUUUCAGUCCAUUUGUUAUAUAAUAUAAUAUCACCACCCUGACCUUCAAAUACUGUUCGUCUGCUUCUUCUACUUAUCCAGUUUCCUCAGUAUUUUUAAGGACAUACUGCACACUAUGCUGAGAUUUGCUAGGUUUUCAGCUAUAGCGCUUGAGAAAUCAAAUUUUGUUGAUGCAAGAAUACUAUUUUUAUGCCCAUCUUUGUUUAUCUUUGGCAUUUUUGGAUUCAACUAAAGAAAUGGGAACAACCAAUGUGUUUUUGCAACAGUAACAUCUGGGCUAAAGAUACAAUUUUUAAAAAGCCUUUUGCCUUCAUCCUUUGAGUUGCGUUAGUUUGUGCCUUUUUAAAUGCUUCAAUAAUUUAAAUCAUUUUUUUAUAGCAAAAAGCGACAAAACGUUAUUUUGUGAUGUCAGGUACAAGAAUUGGACUGAAAAUGGGUGAAAAUGCAGCCAAUCUCCAGAAAAACAUAGCAGAAAACCUGGAGAGCUAAUCCUCAAGACCACCUUAAAACAAAGUCUGGGUCUUUGGAAGUAGAAUAAAAGGAAAUGACCGAUGGCUCAAAACCUUUGCACAGUACUGCAUGUAUGUGUUUUCUGUACAUUCGUAUAUAAAUUGGGUAUAUAGUGCCAUGUUUUCUUAACAUUUUGAGCAGUAUGUCACCUUUAAUCGGUUAACAGUAUUUAACUUAUAAUUAAUAUAAGAAUCACAGAUGUCAUUUUAUAUACUGUUGCUUAGAAAGACUCGAUCUCAGUCACAGAAACCACAUACUGUACUGCACUUACUGUACAUGCCCAUGUUUCUUUUUUUCUAGCCUUGAAGUUAAGAGUAUUGUUUAUUGGGUUUACUACCUUUCAGUGUGUAACUUCUUUCUUGUAACUUAAAACUACAAUAAAAAAAAAAAUAUGUAUACA